AUGGGAAAACGCGUUCGCGAACGAAAAAGUCCCGCGAACUCCAAAUUGGAAUCCAACGGAAGCCAGUGGUGCUCUGUCGUGGAUGGACUAGACGAAAUGUAUCGUCGUCGCAUACGUUGUGUCGCAGGUCUAGAUGAUAUGGUUGGCGAGCUUAUCGCCGCGCUUGAAAACAUGGGAUUCUAG